AUGGAAAUCAAUCCCAAAGUCCCAAGAACAAACGACGAUUCAGCUCAAACUGUUGCCUCAAUAGACGAUCUCUUAAUUGCAAUUUUCCUUUGCCUCCCGAUAAAGGACCUCAUUCAAUUAAGACGAGUUUCAAAGCAGUGGCAUCGUCUCAUCAGCAAUCCAAGAUUCUGUAUCCAGCGAAAUCCCAUUCCCAAUCCGCCCACCGGCCUCUUCCUGCAGUGUCUGCACUACGUGGCCCGUCUUCGGAUAGAAUACCUUUCUUUCACGGGCCUCGAAUCAAUGAAGCUACAGUUAAGGAAACUCAAGUUCGUCAAGGACCCAUCCGGCAUCAGGAUCCUGCACUCUUGCAAUGGCCUCUUACUCUGUUCAAGCUUCAGGGCCCGUGAUAUCAAUCGGAAGUACUAUGUUCACAAUCCCACCACCAAUAAGUUUGUCCUACUUCCCAAACUGGACUCGACGGGUAUACGUGGGAUGAGCUUGGCUUUUGAUCAAAUCAAGUCUCCUCAUUACAAAGUUGUUUGCGUCCAUAACCAGCGCCAAAUUGAGGUUUAUUCAUCGAAAAAUGGGUCUUGGAGAAAUCACGGGCAGACCCCACAAGUCCGGGUAAGCUUCAAAAAUGGGGUGUAUUGGAAUGGAGCCAUUCACUGGACUAGCAAUGGAACUGGAAAUGAUUCUCUAUAUUUUAAUGUUGAUAAUCAGUUGUUUGGGGAAAUGCCAAUUCCUCCUACUGGCUGGGAUCGUGUAAACAAUUAUUAUUUCGGAGAGUCCUAUGGACACUUGCACUAUAUUAGGCGAAGCUUGCAAUUUAAGGUGUACGAGAUGAGGAGGGACUAUUCUGAGUGGUUUGUUAAGUACAAGGUCAAUCUUUUGCCUCUUGUAAGGGCUUAUCCAAGUAUGACGCGGGCUGGUUUUAGCCCAAUGAGUUUGUCUUACUAUGCAUUUUCUGUUCUUUGUUUAGUUCGAGGGGAGAAGGAGGAAGGUUCGUUCUUGGUUGUGCAGAUUCCUGAAAAAGCCAUUCGGUAUAAUGUCGUUUGUGGGACUUUCGGGACGCUGUGCGAGUUCGCCGAUGUCAAUUCAGCUGGUCGUUUGAGGUAUUCGUGUACAGAUGGAUUCCAAUAUGUUGAGACCCUUUGUUGUGUUUAG